GCAAAAAUAGCACUGUAUGAUAGUUGUUUUAGCAAGUUUUAUUUCUGCUAUUUUUUUUAUGCGAAAAUAUGGAAAAAUAGGGAUCGCAAAUGGCAUUCUUAGCAGUUUUGACGGCUGAUGGGGGAAUCCCAAUCCUCACUAAAACAGCUGGGGACAUCAAAUCGAAACUUCCAUUUGCAUCUAUUGGACUUUUGAAUGGCGUGCAUAUGUUUUCUCGCUUACAGGAAGUAGAAUUAAAAUGUGCUGUAACACCAGAUGAAAAGAUUUCAUGGCGGGAAUAUCAUAAAAGAUUAGUUUUGAUCCUCAUCACAAAGAAUGAUGUCUGCAGUGAUUGUCAUGUCUCAAACUUGUUGGACAACAUUUUUGCUGCUUUGGCUAUGCUAGUGGGAUUAGAUGUACUCUUGAAACAAAAUGAAGUUUUGAAGCUUCAGAAAAUGUUGGUGGUCUGCCAUCCAUUGAUUGAUUACCUGCUUAGUCAAAUAGACAAAGAGAAAUUUACCAUAGGAGAUCUUACUGGUAAACUAGACUGUCUGUUGGCUUCCCACACUCGCAUUUUGCAAGAACGCAUGUGCCAGUUUCUUGAUGUAGCUGAUAGUUUAUAUGGAUGCUUACUCAUCAAAGGAAAAGUAAUUGUGGCUUCCAAAGAAUGGUGGACAUUAACCAGUCAAGAGCAGAUACUGAUUUGCUCUUAUGUGAAUUCUUUACCAAAAGUUUUAUCACGUGAAAUUAUUAUAUAUUUACCCACAUCCUCACCUCAGAAUUCAAACAGGCUGAUAACGCUCCAUUUACUUCGCGAUGUGGAAAUCUGUGUUUUGUGUUCUAGCGAACCUUCUUUGGCAGUCUUAGAGGAUGAGGCUCCCAAAAUCUGGAGAGAUUGUUUUGAUAUAUUGAAAGUUGUAUCUAACCUUCAUCCAAGGAACUUUCCAUCAAAUAUUGAACUUGACAAAAAUAUUAUUGGGUUAAUCCUCAUAAAUACAGAAACUAAUCAAUGCAUGUGUAGUGUGCAGCCAUCUAAUGAUGAUUGUUCAGCAGAAUCAAAGGCCAUCCAUGUAUCAGAAUGGCAAAAAAAACAAGAGGCUCUGAGGUCAUUAUACAGGCUUGUUGUUGGAACAUAUUUCAAAGAAAAAGAUUCAGAUGCAGACCGACGAUUAAGAGCUGAUAAUCCAUGUCAUACAUUUGAUUUUGGAAAUUGUGACUAUGGCGAUUGUAAACCAGGCGAGUUUUAUAUGUGCACACAAGAAAAUAAAUGCUAUGUUAUUAAUGAAGUUUCUUAUCAGAUUUAUAUUCUUUAUAACUAUGAGAUUCCACUUUAUGCUAUAAGGUCUGUAUCUCAUAAAACUUUAAAGUUGUUGACUGAAAAAAGGCUAUUUCCUACAGUUGGAAAAUAACUGGACAAAUUCAUUAUUCUAAUGAAAAUGUUUCAAAAUAAGAUUUCCAAACUUUUCUCUGAAGAUGGGAUCAAAUGGCCUUUGUAUUCAAGAAUCAGUGAACUGUUAAGAUAUCAGCUUUUUUUAAAGUUUUUUAUACAAUGAGAUUGCUGUACUUUUAUUUAAAAUGGAACAUAUCUUAACCUACCCAUUAUUAUAUCAAUAAUAUAAAAAGUUAUUGAUAUAAUAGCAUUUGAAACAUCAAUAAUUUAAAAAGAUACAAUUUCUUGAAUUUUUAUUGAGUUAACAUUUGAAAGAUGAAAGACAUGAGUACUCAUUUUAAGAAUUAGAUCUUUGUUUUUUCAUGUUUAUGAAAAGCUACAACAUACCCUACAAUGCAGUGGUUAAUUUUUUUACAUCUUAUAGUGCAAAUACAGAAUUCCACUUUAAGUUAAAAUCUGAGUGUUUGUAGCAUUUUAAAUCAAUUGCAAACUGUAUUUUACACAGAAAAAAAUUCACAAAAUGACUUCCAUGGUCAAUAAUUCUGUGAUUUUUUUUUCACUGAUGUAAUUCGAUCCAUUUAAAAAAUCUACUUGUUAACUUAUGCUACCAAAUUAACUACUUCUGAUAUUGUAGGUGUUUCUUGAUUAGUAGUACAUAGUAACAUAUUUUCAAUGUAUCAUUCAUAUAAUAUCAGCUGUAGUUAUUAAUAUUCUUCAAAUUCCUUCACAUGACAAUAAAAAGGAAGGUUAAAAA